ACAGGCAUGCAGCCACGGGCAGCCUCACUCGCUGCUUUGUUUUCCAGAUCUGACAGCGGCGCUGGCUGCAGGAGGGAGCGGGCACAGGAGACAGUGUGGAUGGAUCUCAGGAUCUGCUGGGAAUCUGCUGCCAUCUAGGUGGGGGUGACCUGUGCGUGAUGAUGGUGCUAAGGACCAGAUCCUCUCUGUGCCACUUCGGGGGGACCAGAGGAACUUCUACAGACAGGCGGACCCCUGCCUGCCCCAUGUUUCCGGGGGCACUGGUGACAUUUGGGAUUUAUCUGUCCAUGCUGCACAUGGUCUGCUGCCAGGGAAUUGCGGGCACCGGCUUCAGUCUGCACCCUCCUUACUUCAACCUGGCGGAGGGAGCCAAAAUCAGGGCCACUGCUACCUGCGGGGAAGAGGAGAGCAGUUCCGGGGGAGAAGGAGGCACGCUGCCCAGGGUGGAUCUGUACUGUAAGCUGGUGGGAGGACCAGUGGCAUCCUCCACCCAGGGGCACACUAUCCAGGGGCAGUUCUGUGACUUUUGUGACUCUUCUGAUCCUAAUAAAGCGCACCCUGUGUCCAAUGCCAUUGACGGUACAGAGCGUUGGUGGCAAAGUCCCCCAUUAUCCCUGGGCAUGAAAUACAAUGAAGUCAAUGUCACUAUAGAUCUUGGGCAGCUUUUCCACGUUGCAUAUGUCCUCAUCAAAUUUGCCAAUUCCCCUCGGCCUGAUCUUUGGGUGCUAGAGCGAUCGAUUGACUUUGGAGGCACAUACAUUCCUUGGCAAUAUUUUGCAAACUCUAAGCAUGAUUGCAUACACCAUUUUGGGAAGGAGGCCAAGCAGCCCAUUACUAGAGAUGAUGAUGUCAUCUGCACAACAGAAUACUCCCGGAUUGUUCCUCUUGAAAAUGGAGAAGUGGUAGUAAGUUUAGUAAAUGGACGACCUGGUGCUAAACACUUUAUAGACUCUCCUGUAUUGAGAGAUUUCACAAAGGCUACGAACAUCCGGCUGCGUUUCCUCAGAACAAACACGCUGCUUGGUCACUUAAUAUCCAAAGCAGAAAAAGAUCCAAGUGUAACACGGAGAUAUUACUACAGUAUUAAAGACAUCAGCAUUGGAGGUCGGUGUGUGUGCCAUGGGCAUGCUGAUGUUUGCAUUGCAAACAGUGCUGGCAACCAGAACCUGUAUAGAUGUCAGUGCCGACAUAACACAUGUGGGGAAAUCUGUGACCGCUGCUGUCCGGGUUAUAAUCAGAAACCUUGGCAACCAGCAAGUAUUGACACAGCCAAUCAAUGCGAACCCUGCAAUUGCCAUGGACAUGCCUCUGACUGCUAUUAUGAUGCUGAUGUAGAUAUUCGUCAAGCAAGUCUAGACAUACAUGGACAGUACAGAGGGGGAGGAGUCUGCAUCAGUUGUCAGCAUAACACAGCAGGUGUAAACUGUGAGAAGUGUGCUGUGGGAUUCUAUCGGCCUUACGGUGUGCCUAAAGAAACUCCUCACGGCUGCAUACCUUGCAGCUGUAACCCUGAGCAGUCAGACGGAUGUGAGGAAGGAUCAGGCAGAUGUUACUGCAAACCCAACUUUAGUGGAAACAACUGUGAGAAGUGCGCAGAAGGCUUCUACGCAUACCCAGUCUGCCGACGGAUUCCAUUCUAUCCUCUCCCUUCAACCUCCUCCAUUCCUGUGAGACCUACGGCUGGUAGCAUUAAAGGAUGUAAUUGUACAGGAGCUGGAGCGUUAAGCCAUAACUGUGAUAGGCUGACAGGACAGUGCCCUUGUCGUGCUGGAUUCCAGGGUACAGCUUGUGAUACAUGUGAUACUGGAUAUUUCCAUUAUCCGUUCUGUCAGCGAUGUAAUUGCAAUCCUGCUGGUGUGCUCCCAGGGGUAUGCAGUCCUACUGGGAAGUGUCUGUGCAAGUUUAGGGUUGAAGGUCCUCUCUGUGACCAGUGCCGUGCCGGUUACCAUUCGUUUCCUAGCUGUAAUGAAUGUGACUGCAAUGUGAUUGGUUCUGCUGGCCCCUCAUGUGGAUCUAUGGGAGAGUGUUUCUGUCUCCCUAACUAUGCUGGAAAUUUAUGUAAUGAAUGUGCACCUAAUUUUUACAAUUACCCAAUCUGCAUACCUUGCCACUGUUCAGCUCAAGGUUCCUAUAAAAGCACGUGUGACCCUAUAACUGGUCAGUGCGAGUGCAAGCCAGGGGUCAUUGGACAAAAGUGUGACAGUUGCUCAUCAGGAUUAGAUGAUUAUCCAUAUUGUCAAGAUAGUGGUGAAUGUGACCCUGUGGGGACCAUAGAUUCUCAAGCAGGCCAAUGUGAAUGCCUGCCAAGAGUGGAGGGUGUAACCUGUGCUCACUGCAAACCAUUGUACUGGAAUUUAGCUAUUGACAACCCACAAGGGUGCACUGAUUGUUCUUGUGAUGUAGAUGGAACAAUAAGUGGAAUAGGCGAAUGUCAUCAGACGGAAGGAGAUUGCCAUUGCAAACCGAACACCUGCAGCACAUUAUGUGGAACCUGUAAAGAUGGUUAUUUUUAUAUUGAAGGCAGAAAUUACUUUGGAUGUAAAGGUUGUCAGUGUGAUGUAGGGGGCGCUAAAAGUCAUCUGUGUGAUGAGUCUUCAGGAAAAUGUGUUUGCAGGAAUAAUAUUGAAGGCACACACUGCAACCAGGCAAAGCAAAACUAUUACUUUCCUGACCUUCAUCAGAUGAAAUAUGAAUUUGAGGAUGGUACUAACGCUAAUGGAAGGGGUGUUCGAUUUGGCUAUAAUCCCCAGGAGUUCCCAGGGUUCAGCUGGAGAGGAUAUGCCCAGAUGUCUUCCAUACAAAAUGAAGUAAGGAUACCAGUAAGUGUGGGCAAAUCAAAUCUCAACUUGUUUCAUAUUAUUUUGAAAUACAUUAACCCAGAAGUGGAUCCAAUAACUGGACGUAUUACUGUCCACAGAUCUCGCUCAAGCAAAGGUUCAUUAGAUAUCAAAGAUAUUGUGUUCCCUCCAAGCAAAGAGCCAGCUUUUCUGACAGUACCAGGAAACAGCUUUGCUGAGCCCUUCUCAUUGGUCCCGGGAAACUGGAUAAUUACAGUGGUAGUGGAGGGAGUGCUCUUGGAUUACCUUGUACUGCUCCCGAGUGAUUACUAUGAAGCCUCCAUUUUACAGCUAAGAGUUACACAGCCAUGCAAUUAUUUUGGACCAGUUGGUGAAAACUGUUUAGUGUAUCAGCAUUUGCCCAUGGAUAAGUUUGCGUGUGUCCGUGGUACUGAGAUGGAGUAUUUCAAACAGGAAGGGGUAAAUCGGCCCAUAAUUGUUCAGCAGCCCAGUCUUGGAUACCCAUUCAUGGCAGACAUUUCCGGAAGAGAGGUGGAGUUACGUUUCAGAGUAAACAUCCCUCGGGUUGGUUUUUAUGUGCUAAUAUUUGAAUAUGUCAAUGAAGACACUCAGCAACACUUUAUUAAUGUGAUGACAAGCAAUAACCCUACUGCUGCAGCCAGAGUCAGACUGUACAGCUGUAGAUACAGCUUCCUGUGCCGCAGUAUUGCAGUGGACAACAUGAACCGCAUUGCAGUGCUCGAGCUGUCUCCGGGCACUGAAAUACACGUCACAGCAUCAUCAGUCAGAUUCCUGCUGCACACUGUAUGCGUGGUUCCUAUAGAACAGUUCACCAUUGAAUAUGCUGAGCCAAAGGUGCACUGUAUUGCAGCUUAUGGACGGCCUCCUAAUCAAAGCCCUUGUUGCAUCCAGUCUACAGUCUAUGAAAACCCCCCUCUGGCUUUGGUGCUGGACUCUCUCAAAGAUGCUAGAUACUCUGGUGGGCAGAAGAACAGGGUACAAGAACCUGUCCUUGGGCCGGUGAUUCCUGGUCAGUCAGGCAACAGAGUGUUGCUGAAAUCAGAAGAGAAUCACAUAACAUUGGGCAGAAGAAUACCACAAACAGGGAGAUACGUCUUCAUUGUCCAUUACUAUCAGACUGAGAACCCUACAUUUCCAGUGUCAGUGCUCGUGAAUGGUGGGACGCAGUGGUCAGGUACCUUCAAUGCCUCAUAUUGCCCUCACGUGUUUGGAUGUCGAGACCUGGUGGUUGCAGGUAAUCGGAUUGGGCUUGAUGUCACUAACCAUGAUCUGUCGGUAACCGUAACAACUCCUCCAGACAAGCCCAUGGUUUUGGAAUCUGUCCUACUUGUUCCAGCCGAAAGUUACACACACAACAUCUUACAGGAGAAACCACUGGAUAAGUCUUUUGACUUUAUUAAUAUCUGUGGAGAAAACAGCUUUUAUAUUGACCCAUUCACCUCACCUGAAUUCUGUAGAGAUUCCGCCAGAUCAUUGGUGGCUUAUUAUAAUGAUGGAGCAUUACCAUGCAAAUGCCAUGUAGAGGGAGCCACAGGCCAAGAUUGCAAUCCAAUGGGAGGACAGUGCAGCUGCAGACCUAACAUCAUUGGCAGGACUUGCAGCCGAUGUGCUACUGGUUACUAUGGAUUUCCAUACUGCAAACCAUGCAAUUGUGGUCGUGGCCUGUGUGAUGAAGUAACCGGCAGAUGCAUCUGCCCACCACAGACGGUUAAGCCUAUAUGUGAAAUCUGCAAACCACAUACGUUCGGCUACCACCCGCUCCUGGGGUGUGAAGGAUGCAACUGUUCAGCCACAGGGGUAAUACAGCCAUCCCGGCCUGAGUGUGAUGGAACAAGUGGUCAGUGCAGAUGUAAGCCCAGAAUAACCGGCAGGCAGUGCGACCGCUGCGCCCCGGGAUUCUUCCGCUUUCCAGACUGCAUUCCCUGUGACUGCGACUCAUAUGGGACUGAACCUCAGAUUUGCCACCAUCACACUGGGGUCUGCCUGUGCAAGGAAAAUAUUGAUGGCUCAAGGUGCGAUGUUUGCCGCAGAGGAUCAUUUUAUUUUGACCCUUCUAACACCAAGGGAUGCACCACUUGUUUUUGCUUUGGGGCAACCGAUGUCUGCCGUUCUUCCAAUAAACACAGAAAAAAGUUUGUAGAUAUGAGGUCCUGGAGUCUUGAGACAUCAGAUGAGACCAGAGUGGAUUUUACUUUCAAUCCUGGAAGCAACAGUGUUGUAGCAGAUGUGCAGGAGUUACCCCUGUCCGUUCACAGUCUGCAUUGGGUGGCACCAGCCUCAUACUUGGGAGAGAGGAUCUCUUCCUAUGGAGGUUAUCUGACAUACCAGCUGAAGUCCUUUGGCUUACCAAGCGAAGGCAUGGUCCUGUUAGACAAGCGACCAGAUGUUCAGCUAACAGGUAGACAGAUGACUGUUGUUUAUGUGGAUCCCAACAACCCAAUACCGGACAGACAAUACUAUGGGCGUGUUCAGCUAGUGGAGGGCAACUUCCGGCAUGCAAGUAGCAACAGUCUGGUCUCUAGAGAGGAACUUAUGAUGAUCUUGUCCAGACUGGAAAGCUUGCACAUCCGAGCCUUGUACUUCACUGAGACUCAGCGCCUCACCCUUGGGGAGGUCGGUCUGGAAGACGUCACCCUUUCAGGAAGUGGGAACAUAGCACUGAAUGUAGAGCUAUGUGACUGCCCACUCGAAUACACAGGUGAUUCAUGCCAGGAGUGUUCUCCUGGACAUUAUCGAGAGAAUAAAGGAUUGUACCUAGGAAAGUGUGUCCCUUGCAGAUGUAAUGGCCAUUCAACACGCUGCCAUGAUGGAUCAGGAAUAUGUAUUAACUGCCAGCAUAACACAGCCGGGGACAACUGUGAACUGUGCAGAGACGGGCACAGUGGGAAUGCCACACAGGGCUCAUGCAGCAUUUGUGCUUGUCCUCUCCCUGUACUGUCAAACAGUUUUGCAACAGGAUGUUCUGGCAGUGGCAGGAACCUUAAGUGCUUCUGCAAACCAGGAUAUACCGGGUACAACUGUGGAGAAUGUGCACAAGGCUAUUAUGGUAACCCAUUAAGGCUUGGUGGCAAGUGUCAACCGUGCAGCUGUGGUAACAACGGCCAGCGGGUCAGUUGUGACCCUCUAACAGGAGAAUGCCUAGAUGAAGAUCCGAAUGAUAAUGGAGGAGAUGAAUCAUGUGAUAGCUGUGUCAACAUUCUUCUGAUGGAUUUAAUGACAAUGGUUGAUGAACUGAACCUUAUUAAGGCCAGGCUGCAGAGUGUAAAUGCCACCAGUCGUGCUCUGGAACAGCUUAAAGCUUUGGAGGCUCGCAUUCGUGAAGUAAAGCUACAGCAUGACAGUUACAACAGUAAACUGACAAGUCAGCGCCGCAAGGUGAACAGUCUGGAGACAGAAACAAACAGCCUCAAACAGCAGAUAGCAGCUCUCCUUGAAAAGGCCGAAAUGAAUUCUAAGAAGUAUGAGAACAUCAUGAUGAAUGCUGAAGAUACCUUCCGCAAUGCUAGUCACAUGCUUCUGACCCUUGACCUCCUCCUAAAGAAUAUCAACAUUCUCAUCAAGAAUGCGGCAGCUGGGCCAGGGAGCACUCAACCUGCUGGAGAAUUAACCAAGAACAUGGCUGAAGCACAACGAAUGUUAAACGAGAUGCGGAAACGCAAUUUUAAUGCCCAGAAAAAAGAAGCAGAGAUGGAGAAAGAAGAAGCUAAAUCUUUGCUCAGCCGUGUAAGGAACCAGUUCCAGAAGCAUCAGGACCAACAUAAGGACCUAAUAAAAGAAAUUACAAAAUCAAUUAAAGAUUAUGAAGCAAAAAUAAAUGAUCUCCGGGAUGCACUGAAUGAGGCUUCAGCACAUACUAAGCAAGCCAAUAACAUCAAUACGGACAAUGCCUUGAUCCUUGAAGACAUUAAGAAAAGAGUUGCUGAUUUAACCAAACAACAGAAAGAAGCUUCUGCUCACCUGAAAGCAGCAGAGACCAGUCUGGGACAGACCAGUAGUAUGAUGAGGCUGCUACAGAAGAGCAAAGAGGAAUAUGAAAAACUUGCUGCACAGUUGGAUGGCGCUAAGCAAGAGCUGAAUGAGAAAGUGAACGUACUCUCCAAGGCUGCCAGUAAGGAACCUUUGGUGAUACUGGCGGAGAAGCAUGCACAGUCCCUGCAGGACCUGGCCAAUCAGCUAGUGGAAAUCAAGAGAAACACAAGCAAUGAGGAACUGGUGCGUUGUGCUGUGGAUGCUGCCAAUGCUUAUGAUGAUAUCAUAAAUGCCGUGAAGGCUGCUGAUGAGGCUGCAAAGAAGGCAAAGUCAGCAGCGGAUUCCGCCCUGACAAAAGUACAAAACGAAGAUUUACCAGGAAAAGCUAAACAAUCACUGGCAGAUUCAGAAACACUGUUAAAUCAGGCCAAGAAAACACAAAAAUCACUACAAGAUUUGAACCCAGAGCUGGAAGAUAUAAAGGACAGACUGACCGAGGCGACCGAUAAGAAGAGCAGAUUAUCAGGCGACCUCACAGCUCUCCAAAACAGUAUCAAUGACAUCAAAAGAGAUGACAUCGAGAAAAUGAUCAAUAGUGCAAAGGACUUAGUAACCAAUGCAAAUGGGAUCACUAAUAACGUCCAAGCGGAAUUAAAGCCCAUUAAAGAAGAUGUGGAUAAUCUAAAGGGAACAAUUGGAACUGCACAAAAUGCUAAUUUCAAUGAGGCUUUGAAUGAGGCUAGCGAUUCUGUUAAGAAACUGACCGGAAGCCUGCCUGAUGUUUUUGAGGCCAUGAACCGCAUAAAUGAUAUAAUGCCUUUAGGAAACAUCUCAGAGAGUGUGAGUCGUAUAAGGGAGCUGAUUCAGCAAGCGCGGGAUGCUGCAAAUAAGGUUGUAGUACCAAUGCGGUUUGAUGGGAAUUCUGGAGUAGAAGUGCGGCCCCCAAGCAACUUGGAAGAUUUAAAGGCCUACACAUCGCUCUCAUUCUUCCUUCAGAGACCCAAAAGUCGUGGUGACCGCAGGAAACGUCAGCUGCUGCCAAAUAUGUUUGUCAUGUACUUGGGCAGUAAAGAUACUUCCAAGGAUUACAUAGGUAUAGGCGUUGAAGAUGACCGACUCAAGUGUGUCUAUAAUCUGGGAGGUAAUAUGGCUGAAAUCAAUGUGGAUCCCUUUAUAUCGGAUAACAGGCCAGAUGAAGCUAUUUUGGACAGAGUUGUAUUAGAAAGGAUCUAUCAGUAUGUUACUCUGAAUUAUACUAAAGCAUUCACAUCGAAUAAACCAGACCCUACUUUGAGUUACACAACUGAUGCACAGAGACACACACUCCUUAAUCUGAAAGCUGAGGAUGUGGUGUUUUAUGUAGGGGGAUACCCAGAUGACUUCACACCUCCAGCAAGAUUGAACUUUCCAAAAUACGUAGGCUGCAUUGAACUAGAUGACCUAAACCAAAAUGGAAUCAGUUUGUACAAUUUCCGGAGGACUUUCAACAUUAACACGAAGGCAGUUGAACCUUGCAAGAGAUACAAAGAAGAAUCUGAAAGAAGUUUCUUUGAAGGUGUUGGUUAUGCUACUAUAACGUACAAUGUACCCACAAUCAGAGGAAUGCGCUAUGAGCAAACAAUCCAGACAACCGCAGACGCCGGCUUGUUGUUCUUUGCAGAAAAAGAGGAUAGCUACAUCAGUGUUGAUAUUGAAGACGGCGCCCUUGUUCUUAAAUACAAAAUAAAUUCAGAUCCGGUGAAAGAGGUCCGCAGUACGUUUGGGCGCGUAAAUGAUGGACGUGAGCAUUUGAUAGAGGUGCUGAUUGCACAGAAGGAGAAAUUGUUGCGUGUGCGCCAGGAUCGGGAUGCCAUGAAUGCUUCUGAUGUGAAUGUAUUCACUUUCGGCACGUAUUAUUUGGGUGGUGUCCCAUCUGCAAUUAAAGAAAAGUUUGACAUAAAAACUCGUCCUUUCCGUGGAUGUGUUAAAAAUGUGAAGACCCCAGUGAGCUCGGCCACAUUCAAAGAAACAUAUGGGGUCAGCCGGAGAUGCUAUGAUGAAUGGAGCAUUAUCCGGUCUGCAGAGUUCUCUGAUGGCGGGACACUGGGACUGUUAUCCGAUGGGUUCUCGUUCCCUGGUGACUUCCAGGCCUCGUUUGGAUUCCAGACGCCACAGACAAAUGCCAUGCUUUUGAAUCACAAAACACAGUCUGAUGAAUUACGGAUCUUUCUGGAGGGCGGAACUGUAAGAGUAACUACAAUAAAUAAUGAGCUGCGAUCAAAGGAGAAGUAUACUGAUGGAGAGCUGCAUUAUGUGUCUGUAAUAAGAAAGGAUGAUGAGUUUAAACUGUUGGUUGAUGACAGUGAAGUGACAGAAAACAUUGGCACUUCUAGAACCUCCAGUUCUUCACCCACUGACAUCUACCUUGGAGGAAGUGGCUUUAGGGGCUGUGUCACUAAUGUUUUUAUUAAGAGAGCAUCACAAUUGCCUGCUGUGCAAAAUCUUGUUAAUAACACUGAGAAGAACCAAGUUUCCCUGGGAACGUGCGGCCCAGAGGAGGCUCCUGUGCCUCUCAUACUGAAUGAGUUUAAACAGCCUCUCAGCCUACGACUUAAUGACUUUGAUAUGUAUAGCCUGGAUAUCAUGAGCAACAUGCUGAAUACAGGAACUGGGCAGAAGAACGUUCAAGGCUGCGCUCAUCCCUUUAACGUGACAUCUCAUCAGAAGUCCUAUAGAUUUGGUGAUUCCACAGGAAGUCACUUAGUCUAUGAUCUGAAUAACCAGAUUUUCAAGGAGAGGUCACACUUCUCCUUGGAGGUGCGCACUUUGGAAUCAGCUGGCCUGAUUUUCUUCAUGACUGACAAACAGGAGUCCAGUCACUUGGCUCUUCAUAUAUCCAAGGGUCGUUUUGUGUUUUCUUUGGGAACUAAAGGCAGCAAGAUGAAAAUACGAAGCCAAGAGAAAUACAAUGAUGGAGAAUGGCAUUCUGUGGUGUUUAGCUGGGAUGGGAUGAACGGUCGCCUUGUCAUUGAUGGCCUGAAAGCCCGCAAAGGAAGCUUGACAAAACACUUUGGUUUGGAAAACAUGUCACUGCUCUAUCUUGGCGGUGUCCCAUCUCUUCAAGUACAGGGAAUGCCCAAAAAGAGCUUUGCUGGCUGCUUGAGAAAUGUGAAGAUGAAUGAGGAGACGCUGGACAGGCCAGCUAGAGUUCUUGGUGUCACUCCAUGUUAUGAUGGCUUCUCUGAGGCCGGAGUGUACUUUGCUGAGGAGGCAGGACAUGUGGUUGUAGAUAUCGCUGCUGACUUGGGACUGGAAUUUGAAUUCGUUUUUGAUAUCCGGCCACAGAGCCCAGAAUAUGUUUUACUACAUGUAGGAGAUAAUACAGAAAACAGGCUAAGCCUAUACAGUGACAACGGGAAGGUGAUUUUGUCUGUAAAUAACGAUGCUGGUGAAUUCCUGGCCUCAGUUACCCCUUCAGGGUUGCUUUGUGAUGGGAAAUGGCACACUAUAAAAGUGAGUCAAAAGCAAAAUGCUGUGCAGCUAUAUAUAGACAACCAAUCCGCGCCAGCCGGCCCCAACUCUGCUCUGCGAAUCAGCACAGCGGCUCAGAUGUACAUAGGAGGACUCCCAGCUGCCUUGGAAACACCGCAGCUCCCCGUGAAGAAAUCGUUUGUCGGCUGUAUGAAGAACUUGAAAGUCAAUAAGAAAGUUAUCAACCUCAGUAAAAUCUCAGACAUCCAUGGUGCCAUCAGUCUUAGCAGAUGUCCUGCGGCGUAACAUUCAUGUAUAAGUCACGUAUUACUCACCGGGGAAUAUGCAUCCAUAUGGAUCUGUUGGGAAAUGCUACUCAGACUUGCUCCUGCAUUAAACACCUUGCUGCAAAUGUAAACAAAAUGGACGCACUGAACUCUAAACACUUCUAAUCAACUCAUUUGUGGUUUGUUCAGAAAGUAAACUCAAUCUUAAAUGCAACUACCUCAUUUAGAAGAGCUGUUUGUUAUCUCAUUAAAAUGAUGGCUUGUGGUAGAAUAUACUGUUUAAUAUGUGAUAGAUUAUAUGGUGCUGGAAACAGGCAUAUAGGCCCACGUGAAGGUAGUUUUGUAGCAAACAGGACCCAUACUUCCUUAUUAUGUAUUGUAUCACCAAGGUGCCAAUGUGGGAUUCAGCAAUGCGAGUUAUGGACUGUGGAGACCUGAGGCUGCCCAAAGCCGCAGCGCAGACCCUACGCACUAACACAUAGGAACCUGUAUGCCGCUUUGCGGUCAUGUGUCUAACAUGUAAUCACAUGACAGUGCAAACAUGCAGAUUUGGUAGGAUAACAUUUUUACUGAAUAAACAAUGUAAAGUGAUAAUGGAAAUGCUAACCAUUCCGUGACUAUAGCACUGCAAUGCUGCAACAAUUAGAUAUUUAUAGACUAUGAAAAAACUUGAUCUAAUGAAGUGUAAAUAUAUAACUGUAUAUAAAUAGUGGACGAGAAAGAGAUAAAUUUGGAUAAAUGUGUUAAAGUUUUUAGAAACACAUUAAAUAGUACUAAAUAUCGGUGGGGAGUAUUUUAGGGAAAUAAACACUUAUUGUAUUAAGUAUAUUAUUAUUAUUAUUAGAGUAAGCAAAUGUUAUCCAUUAUAAAUACCAAUAGAGAGUUGCGAUUACACAGAACAGCCUCUCAGUAAGUUGUUACUUCCUUAUGCAAUAGGAGAAUUACUGCUGAGGCUUACGUGAUAACAUACAGGUAAUAGAUAACACUGCUUUAAUAAAACUCCUGCAACAACUA